GAAUCACUUCCGAGGGUAGUUCCCCGUACUGCAGGUUCACAGACGUUAAGGCACUCAAAAAAACAAGUUACAAAAUACUUUUUUCGGGUCCACGUGGAGUCGGAAAUACUCUUGACAUACUGCCCUGGAGUCGGCGAGUGAGUCGGUAUGAGUGUGCCAGUGAGUCCCCUGAGUCCCCUGAGCCCCCUGUGGUCCCCGCGUCACCCCCCGGCUCCAGACCUCACCUGCCUGCAGAGCUACAACGACUGGCUGGCCUCACGCCACAGCGCCUCCCUGCUGCCCAUGAAGGAGGACCUGGCCCUCUGGAUCACCUGCAUGCUGGGUGUUGCCGUGACGGCGGAGGAUUUGAUGGACAGGUUGGAGACGGGCGUUCUGCUGUGUCAGCUCGCCGAGGAACUACAGGAACGCAUGAUACUGGGGAGCAACGGGAAGCCCUUUACUCAGCGUGUGAUUCGCUGGCGGGACGACGCUGCGCCCGGCUCCUUCUUCGCCCGUGACAACACAGCCAACUUCCUGUACUGGUGCCGCAAGAUCGGAGUGGACGAACCAUACCUGUUCGAGUCCGAAGACCUGGUUCUGAAGAGGCAGCCCAAAGAGGUGUGUCUGUGCUUGUUGCAGGUUGGCAGGAUCGCCUCCAGGUACGGUGUGGAGCCCCCUGGUCUGGUGAAGUUGGAGCGUGAGCUGGAGAGGGAGGAGCCUGAGCCCACACCCCAGCCUGCCCCCCCAUCACCCCCACCCCAGCUCUCGCCCCCCCCCUCCCCGCUCCCUGCCCCCCCAACACCCUCACACACCCCCACCCCAACCCCCACCUACAGCAGCAAGACCCCCACCCGCAAGACCCCCGUCAACCUGCUGGAUGACCUGGUCAAGCAGAUCACUCUGGACCCUCCGUGUUCCUGUCCAGUGCGGUUCUGCGUGGAGAAGCAGCCCAAGGGCCGGUACCGGGUCGGAGACAAGGUUCUGUAUGUGCGGAUGCUGAAUGAUAAGCAUGCCAUGGUGCGUGUGGGGGGUGGUUGGGAGACGUUUGCCUGCUACCUGCAGAAGCACGACCCGUGCCGCCUCUCACCCAUCGCCCGCCCGGGCAUCAAGCCCUCCGCUCGCACCAACGCCAGUCACCGCGGCAACAGCAGCAGCAACGGCGGCAGCAGGAAGUCGGCGCGCAUCAAAGAGAUCUCCCCCGACAGCUACCUGGUGGUGGGCACCAACUCCGUCCGCCUCAAGAAGUAGCCCACUGGCCGCCAGAGAUGACUGACAACGUGAACAGCCAAUCAGGCUUUGUCUUCCUGUCUGUGUUGAGCCAAUGAGAGAGGAGUUGAGUAGAUGUGUUUCUCUGGGAGAGGUUCUUUAGGCCCAGGUGGCCAGAGCUCUUAUAUGUUCAGUCUUUCUGUCCAGUUAGGGAGUAGCGUGUGUGUGUGUGUGUGUGUGUGUGUGUGUGUGUGUGUGUGUGUCCUGUGGCUGACCAAUGGGGUUCUAUGGGGAAAGGGAUGACUGUACUGUAUGUCUAUUUGAAUUUCACUGCUGUGUUCACACACACACACACACACACACACACACACACACACUCUCUCACACACACACACACACACACACACACACACACACACACACAUACUCAUCCAUGCACGCACACACAUUCUCACACACACACACACACUCAUCACUGGAAUAAACCUACACAGACGUAACACUAGGAAAACACGGUUAGGCUACUUUUAAUGCUCUUUUGAGCUCAGGUAGUACUCACAUAUAAAGUACAAUCAUGUUCUACCUGUUAGAGUUUGUGCAGGUAGUACUCACAUAUACAGUACAAUCAUGUUCUACCUGUUAGAGUUUGUGCAGGGAGUUCUCACAUAUCUUAUACAGGUUCUAUCAUGUUCUACCUGUUAGAGUUUGUGCAGGUAGUACUCACAUAUACAGUACAAUCAUGUUCUACCUGUUAGAGUUUGUGCAGGGAGUUCUCACAUAUCUUAUACAGGUUCUAUCAUGUUCUACCUGUUAGAGUUUGUGCAGGUAGUACUCACAUAUCUUAUACAGGUUCUAUCAUGUUCUACCUGUUAGAGUUUGUGCAGGUAGUACUCCCAUAUACAGGUUCUAUCAUGUUCUACCUGUUAGAGUUUGUGCAGGGAGUACUCAAAUAUCUUAUACAGGUUCUAUCAUGUUCUACCUGUUAGAGUUUGUGCAGGUAGUACUCCCAUAUACAGGUUCUAUCAUGUUCUACCUGUUAGAGUUUGUGCAGGUAGUACUCACAUAUCUUAUACAGGUUCUAUCAUGUUCUACCUGUUAGAGUUUGUGCAGGUAGUACUCCCAUAUACAGGUUCUAUCAUGUUCUACCUGUUAGAGUUUGUGCAGGUAGUACUCACAUAUCUUAUACAGGUUCUAUCAUGUUCUACCUGUUAGAGUUUGUACAGGUAGUACUCACAUAUCUUAUACAGGAUCUAUCAUGUUCUACCUGUUAGAGUUUGUGCAGGUAUAGCACUCAUGUACAGGUACUGCCAUGUUCUAGCUGUUGGAGAUUGAGCUCAGAUUCCAGGUGUUGCCUCUCCUCCAUGAGCCGCAGCUGGAGUGAGCAGGUGGAUGUGGAGAGGAAGAGGUGGAGUGUGUGAGGACCAAUGAUGUUGUUGUUCCUCUGAUCCCCCAGUGCUCUCACUGGGCUGUUCAUUCACCAGCCAAGCAGCACCCAACAGCUGUUACGCAACUGUCCACUAGAGGGCGCAAUAGGAACGCUAAUGAGGGCUGCUUGAUCUUAGUGUCUCAUCUGCCACAGCUCAGCACAACUAGGUCUGAAUCGCUCUCUGUACAAAGUCUUACUUUUUAACGCCAACCUCAUUUUUAUUUUUUAGGGGAGACUUAGAUAUUUUACUCAGUCACCGGUUAAGCUUUGGUUCAUUGUCUUUUUCAUUCCUAGUGAAUAAUGAGAAUUAUAUAUUUUGUGAAAUGUGCAAAGAUGGUGGAUAAUGGUUUUGCAUGAUAGCUGGUUUUCCUUUAUUUCUUAGUAUGUCAGGCUCUAUAAAUGUAGAAAUGUCAGAUGUUUCAUUUUUUAAUUCCAAAUAAAGUAUGUUAUUUUCUGAGCACUUUUCGGUCCUGCUUCCUCCACACAGACUGCAGUCUCACACGGAAUGUUCCAGAAUGUCACGUUUUAUUCCAGCAAAAUAAAAUCCCAUUACAAAACGGACACAA